AUGUCAAUAAGGGCAACUCGACACACUGAGGAUGAAUUGGCACCUCCCCCCUUACCACCGCCUCGAAUUAUACCCGGCCUUGGGCCGCCUCCUAGCGACUUCACACCAUUCGAGCGACGUCACACUCGCGAUAUGUCAGGAAAUUCGGAUUACAGCAGUCCCGGGCAUAGUUUUGACCUAGAAAGACCAGAUUACUCAAGGAAGAGAAGUGAUAUCACAGUCAAGCCAGAUGAAGGUUACCACAGUCUGGCAUCGACCCAACCCGCAACGCAAGAGUCUCUCCCCAGGCUCGGCUUCAUGUCCCACGAUCAGUUUCGGUUCAGGCCCAACGGAGGGAACGACUACGAUAGUUCCAUGUUGAAGAAGUUUGAUGCGAAAAGAACUCUCGACACCCACUCACCACCCCGGCGAUCCGGCCUCAGCUUGUCUGUAAAUGAUGCCGUGUCAAGAUGUGCCCCCUCGGAGAACCGCAUGCAUGCACAACUGCCACAGCUCUCGCUGCCCAUUAGGUCAAGUAAAAAGAUGACCAUCGAGUCUCCCGGCCACUUGACCGAGACACCGCUACAAUCCGCUGUCUCGUCUCGGAGCACGCCCUUCUAUGGAGUUGGCAGCAACGAGUAUCGCUCUCCCAUUGAGCCGAUGGAUCCAGAAAGAUCCCCGCGUCUUCGCUCCAGGAGGACCAAUAGUGGAUCAGUACCAGAUGACGCAACUGUUUCGACACAGAGCAGCUAUGAUUACAGUACGGAGGACAUUGAUUUCCCCAUGGAGGCGGAGGCAUCUGGCAUCAGAAGACUGCACAUUAACGACUCGUCGAUGCGCCACGAGUAUCAUACUAUUGGUCAGAAACGACGUGCGUCCUCACCGCCUGGGGAUGAGCCGCCGUUACAGGGUCUGCCUGGUGGGGGUGAGCUGCUUCGACGUCGCGAAGGAAACAUGCGGGCAUCCCCAACGCCGAGGCUUACGGUUAAUGCCCAGGGUGGCUCCAUGUCGUCUGUGUCAUCCGCAGGACGCAAUAACUCCUACGCCUCGAGCAUUUCACUGACUACCAGCGCCACAAGCAUGAGCUCAUUCGGGCGAAGAUCGCCGGGUGGCCCGUCACCCGGGGGUCUCUCGCCGGUCGACGGCAUCUGUCAUUCGCCAUUCACCACGCCCGUCUCUCUUGCCCACUCGCCUCGCGCUGGCAUCGCUCGUGCUCCGCAUCAGCGGGUUCCCAGCGACAACAGGCCUCUCGCCUCGCCUCGAAAGCUCACCGAAGUGCCCAAGGCCAGCAUCUCCAGGAUACAGGGAUUCUUUAUGUGCGAGUGUUGUCCGAAGAAGCCAAAGAAGUUCGACACGGCUGAAGAACUAAACGCCCACGAGGCAGAGAAACAAUAUGAGUGCAACUUUUGCGGCAACCGGUUUAAGAACAAGAACGAGGCAGAACGCCACCAAAACAGCUUACACGUCAGACGACAUAGCUGGUCGUGUUCGGCGCUCCACAUUACUGGCUACGAUAAGGCGUUCCAUGAUAGCACUAACCGGCCAGGUGAGGCCGACGCCUGUGGAUACUGUGGAGAUGAGUUCGCGCGAAACGGCGGUGUUGGCCGUGCCCGUCAUCCCACCGAGCAAGACUGGGACGAACGACUGCGACAUUUGCAAGAAGUUCACAAGUUCAGGGAAUGCAAUUCGAGUAAGAAGUUCUAUCGCGCCGACCAUUUCAGACAGCAUUUGAAACAUAGUCACGCGGGAACCAGUGGAAAGUGGACAAACAUGUUGGAAACGGCAUGCAUGAUUGAAGAAGAGCCCCCUCAACCACGUUAA